AUAGGCAAGAGUUUCAGAUCCUUUGGCCAUUUAGUAAUCGAGAUGUUUCAAUACUUGUCUCGAAACUAUAAGUCUUACGAAGAAGAAAAUAGAGGAAGUAAAAGUGGGAAAGUGCAGUGCCAUUCAAGAAAGAAGGGACAGUUGUCAAAUCGAUAUACGAAGGAAUCGAACUUUUUUAUUCCUACUAGUAAUUACAGGAUAGCCAUCAGCAUAAGAGUAGCUAGAACACUAAUUCAUUUCUUCUCUAAUUUCGAGGUCAAGCAUGUACCUCUUCAUAUUCAUCUUUGUUUUCUUUAUAUUCAUCUUCAGAUCCAUGAGCAUUUUGUGGCUUCCCCUGUGUUAUUGCAAAAUCAUCUGCUCAUGUUUACUAUGCUGCACAGAGUCUAGCAGUGGUGAGUACGAGUAUGCUAUGCGAGCAGCUCAAGCUUUAUUUGAAGAGACAAUGAAAGAAAGACGUUCCCGUCGUUGUUCCUCCUUUUUUGUCUUGGAUGAAGGCUCAACUGUCAACGUGAACAAGAUGCUGGAAUCCGAGUACCAAGGGAGUGAUGGGACUGCCAUAUUCAAGGUGGUGGGUGGGAGGGUGAGCGACACCAAUCUCACCGACGCACUACAUUCACGGGCGAUGUCCCAAGUCCACAGGCUGCGGCUGCUAUCGUGGUGUGUAACUGUGGUGGUGAUGAGCAACGAUCCCUCCUUCCUUGCUGCUUUCGCGGAGGCGUCAGACAACGAGCGCUUAUUGCUUUGGGAAACGAGGUUGUUAGUAAUAACCAGCCUGGACAUGCCGCUCCUUCGUCGUCUGUUGCAGGAUUACUGGAGCUUUUCCAUGAUGAAUGCCAUGUUCCUCACGUCGAAAGCAGAGGAAAAUCAUGAAAGAUGCCAGCUGUACGUGCACCUGCCCUACAGUCCCGCUGGAGCGCAGGUGGUGCGGGUGGGCAGCUGGAGCACAGCGCACGGCCUCAUACCACUUGAUGGAUACACAUUCUUUCCCGAGAAAUACAAUAACUUCCAUAGCAUGAGCAUCAACGUAACAUGGUUCCCAAUGCCACCCUACUUCGAGGAGAUUGAGUCUCACUUGAAAACUAAUCAAAUGGCCAGCUUCACCGGAAGAGGUUACCGAAUGCUAGAAGUCAUUGCGGAAGCCCUUAACUUUACAAUUAAUGUCAUGCCUUUCGAAAACUGGAAUGUUGUAAGGGAAAACAUUAUUAGUCGCAAAGCAUUUAUUCGGCCAAUUAAACUUGCCAUAUUACCACGCUUCGAGAAGUUAUACGACUUCACCAUGUUCAUUGAGCGGGCCACCUUGGGCUUCACCAUGACCAAGCCUACCAUCAAACCCAAUUGGCAGAGUCUCUCCCACCCACUACAGCCAGAGGUUUGGGGCUCCGUGGUUGCCACAGUUCUUCUAGCGUUCAUCGUCCUCAUGUGGAUGAAUUCUAGCGGUGAGAACAAGGAAUCCGAAACAUGGUUGGUGGUGAGGCAGGUGGUUGGAACGCUGCUUGACGAGGCCAUCACAGGAGAACUGCCGAGGAAGAGUUCGACUCGAGUGAUGUUAACAGCGUGGCUGAUUUUUUCCUUUAUUGUGGGAACGGUAUAUCGCAGUAACCUGACAGCGUCCCUAACAGCGCCUAAGUAUCCCAGACGCGCGGAAACAUUGGCUGACCUCGUCGCCACAGGAGCAAAAAUCGCAAUGCCACCAGAUAUGGUUAACUUUGUCAUCGGUUUUAAGAAGUCAGAUUCCAAACUGUUCAAGGCAGUGAGUGAGAGAGCAGAGUUUGUCGCGUCUUUUAAAGAAGGAAUAGAGCAAGUCUCCCAUAAACACAAGGCUUAUAUAUACGAAAGGCUGAACAUGAAGGCCUUGAUUGCUGAACACUUCACCAACCAGAGAGGGUUUACGCCACUCUACGUAGCAAGGGACAACAUCUUAGCUGGUUACUGCGGCUGGCCACUAGCCCCUAACACACCAUUCAAGACCCACCUCGACCGCUACAUUAUGGAUUUUCAUGGGGGUGGACUGAUAGAAAAAUGGACAACACUGGUUUUAGAGAAAGCAGGGUUUGACAGUCGGCAAAGACAGAGCAAAACUGAAGAGAGUAGUAGCGAAUCUCUCCAGGACACGGAUAAGGUCACCAUGGCUCUUACUUUAGUUCACAUGCAAGGGCCUCUCUUCCUCUUUAUUGCAGGCGCCCUUCUAUCCCUUGCCGUUUUUUUAGGAGAAAACGCUGUUAAGUUUUAUUCUUUUAGACAAAUUUCGUGUAGGUCAGAAUCUAAUAAUCCCCAUCAAAAGUAAAUUUGUUCCCUCCUUUCCAGACACCUUGAUUAAUGCUAGCCUUCUUCAGUAUACUUAGUUAACUACGCAUCUUCAUUCCUUCAAUUUUGCCGUACCUUCUCGUGCGAGUACCAGAGAAGCAUUUUCCUGCCGUAUCUACUCAAAUCUCAUUGUCACUUUACAUAUGUCAAAUUUCUCUCAACAUGCUAAGUCUGUUUCACAAGCGCAUCUUUAUUUUAGUAACCUUGCAUUUUGUGUAAUAUAUACUGUAACUUCAUCCAUCUGUUUCUGUAAAAGCAUAACUCGUGCUCUACAUUUAUUUUAUCGUUUUGGCUAUCUCGUAUCCCUUCAGGUACUGGAAUAAUGUUUUACUUACACUGUUAAACGAUAUAUGCAAAUCAUCUUUACAUAUCACCUUUGGAAAACGAAAAUAAUCAAACAAAUAAAAUUAACUUCCCA